AUGGCAAGGUCGGAGGAAAUGAACAGUCAUUCUCUGGAAAAUAACGAUAAUGAUAGGGUUAAUAUAACCAAAGGAGAGCUUCGUACACUGAUUGAUACGGCUGUGUGUAAAGCUGUGAAGGAGCAAUUCAAGGAGGUUAGUGAGACGUAUAGUAGAACCUCUUCGGUACCCCACUCUAAGUCUGUUCCUAAGACUCAUUCAGAAGCUCAUAGCAAGCCACCCUCGAAGAAGAAUGGACCUAAGAAAGAGGAUGUCGAACAUUCCUCAAACCAACAUAGUGUUUCAUCGAAGAGAAUAGUGUUCAAUGAUGAGCCACGUACCAAGUCUUGUACUUAUAAGUUAAGAUCGCUCAAGAACUCUGAAGAGAGUAAGAGGAAGCGUGAGGAGGAUAACUCACGAGGGUCGGAGAAGAAGCACAAGGGAAACACUGAGUCCAAGAAGUUUGGGUCUGGAAAAGGUAGUCAGCGGGCAGAGGAAAAGCCAAAGUGCUCAACUUGCCAGAAACGCCACUUUGGAAAAUGCAGGCUUGAGACCAAGUCUCAAUCAGGACCACCUGCAUGUGGGUUGUGCAAGUCUAGAGAGCACAAGACUAUUGACUGCAAGAAGAUUAAAGAUGCUACCUGCUACAGCUGCAACGAGAAAGGGAACCACUCUUUUCCUAUGUCUUUGCUUCCUUUAAAGUUAGCCGGAUUUGAUAUAGUAUUGGGCAUGGAUUGGUUAUCGGAUAACCGAGCCCAGAUCAUCUGCAAUAAGAAGCAAGUGGUGGUUAAGACUUCGUCUGUUACAAGUUUUCUCGUAGACUCCACCGUAAAUUACGGCAUCACCGUAAUUUACGGUGAACAUAAAAGUUUUAUGGUGAUUCUCUACUGA